AUGAAGGAUUUCUUCGGCAGUGGUAAUGGUUUAUCGUUAAAAUCAUGUCCUGAUAGUAUAUAUUGUCUUCUUCAAUUUUCUGAUGAAGGACCAACUCAUAAUUCAAAAUUUUCACAUCCAUGUCGUUUUUCUGAAUUGUGCCGAGAUCCAGAACCUCAUCUAACACAUAUACCUCAUCAAGUGCCUCGAUGCAGUUCUGAUAGAAAUUGUAAAGAUUUAUGCAAUCCAAUACAUCGAGCUCAAUAUCGUCAUACAGGUUGGUCAGAUUUUCUUAUACCUUGUCGUGAUCAAGAAAAAUGUCGCAACUCAUCAGAUCAACAUCGAAUGAAAUAUUCACACGGUGAACGUGUUAUGGAAACAAUAAAGAAAAUUGAAUUACAAACAUUAUCGUCAUCAACAGAUUCUGAACAAUCAUUACAACAACAACAGCAGGAUAAUAAUCUUAAUGAACGAAUACCUUGCAAAUGGGGAUCGAAAUGUCGAGACAUUUCAAAUUCUAUACAUUGUAAUCAAUAUUCUCAUCCAGAUAUUGCUCAACAACAGAAUGAUUCUCGUAUUCGUUGUAAGUGGGGCAUACAAUGUCAUGAUCAAACUAGCACUCAUCGAAUAAAAUAUGUUCAUCCUUAA